CUCUGAACGCAUCCUCCUGCUUCUUGUUUCACAGGAAGUGACGCAAUAAUUCCGGAAGUUUAUCCUUUCUGCUGAGCAGGAGGAGCGCUAGCCAUCCACGAUGACUACAGCUGCAAGACCGACGUUUGAACCAGCCAGAGGAGGCAGGGGAAAGGGGGAAGGCGAUUUGAGUGCACUGUCCAAGCAGUAUUCAAGUCGAGAUCUUCCAGGUCACACAAAGAUCAAGUACAGGCAGCCUACCCAGGAUGCUCCUGAGGAGGUGCGUACCCGUGACUUCCGCAGGGAGCUGGAGGAAAGGGAGCAUGUUGCUGCACGAGAGAAGACCAGAGAGAGGGGACCAAGAGAGCACACCACAUCAUCUUCAUCUUCCUCAUCAUCCUCCUCCAAGAGGCCCAGACUGGAUCAGAUCCCAGCAGCCAAUCUUGAUGCAGAUGAUCCUCUUACUGAAGACGAUGAGGACGACGACUCAGAGGAAGAUAGCGAUGAUGAUGACACUGCAGCUCUUCUGGCGGAGCUGGAGAAGAUUAAAAAGGAGCGGGCUGAAGAGCAAGAACGCAGAGACAGGGAGCAAAAGGCCGAGGAGGAGAGGAUCCGCAUGGAGAAUAUAUUGAGUGGCAAUCCAUUGAUUAACUUAGCAGGGCAGCAGCAGCAGCAGCAACAACAACAACAACAAAUGGCUCAGAAUCCGACCACGUUUAAGGUCAAAAGGAGGUGGGAUGACGAUGUUGUGUUCAAGAACUGCGCGAAAGGCAUGGACAAAGCAAGAAAGGAGAAACGCUUCAUCAAUGACACGCUCCGCUCUGAGUUCCACAAGAAAUUUAUGGAAAAGUAUGUUAAAUGAAAAACUAUUGUGUUUUCUUUUAUUUUUUGUAAGCCCGUUUCUACCACUGAAAAAAAAUAUGGCUAUGGUAAGUUAUACUUAUGAGAGUCAAAAUUAUUUGAUAAGUCAUUAUUGUGAGAUCAGAAAGCCAUAAUUAUGACAUUAAAAAGUGAAAAUCAUGAUAUACAAAGUCAAAGUUAUUUGAUACAAACUGUGCAUGUGCAGGCUUCUUCACAUGCUUGUAUCUCAUAAUUAUGACUAUCUCAUAAUUUUGACUUUUUAUUAAUUAAUCACAAUUUUGACUUUUUAUCUCACAAAUAUGACUAUCUCUUAAUUUUAACUUUUUAAAAUUUAUUAUGACUUACUAUUGAGAUUUUUUUUUCUUUCAGUGGCGGAAAUGUGUUUUGAUACCGAUUGCUUUCUGUCCCAAUAAAAAUGUCAUUAAAAUGCAUUCUGUAU